AUGACACUGGCGAAAAGCCUGGUCACGUCGCCUCACUCUGCGAAAGUGAAUGGCGACCAUGACCAGGCCGCUACGCCACCGGGAAAGAGAAAAAUUGAUGAUCUCACUGAUGAAAUAGCAGACACUCCUAUCAAACUGGAACCUGACACCUCGCCUCCAAGCACAAAGCGCCGCAGAACACAUGGAGCCACAACUCCACGAGCAAGGCCGCUCAAACAACUGAAUAAUGCGCCAACACGACGACUUGAUAUUGCGGUAUUCGGCAACGGAGAGAAUGGCGAACUGGGCCUGGGACACAGAAAGCACAAAAAGAACUCCCCAGAAAGCGCAAGGCGACCUCGUCUCAACCACUUACUAGAUGCCGAUGAUGUGGGUGUCGUCCAAGUGGCUGUGGGAGGGAAGCAUUGUGCUGCCCUCACCCACGAUGGCCGUGUCUUGACAUGGGGCGUCAACAAUUCCAGGGCUCUUGGGAGAAACACAAACUGGGAGCCGCCGAAACAACUACCCAACGAUACGGUGGACCUGAAUCCAUUGGAAAGCGCCCCUGCGCCAGUAGAGGGACUAGAAGGCUUGGAGUCCGGCAUUGCGCAGGUCGCAGCCACGGAUAACGCGACAUUUGUCCUGACAAAGUCUGGGCUUGUAUAUGGCUGGGGCACAUUUUUCGGGAGUGACGGUGUGUACGGCUUUUUGCGGGAAAAAAUGCGCGCCAAAAACAAACCCACCUACGAAGAACGUUUCCAGAACACACCCAUUCAAAUAAAAGGAUUAAGGAACAUCAAGGAGCUUUCCGCAGGUGUGAAUCACGUCCUCGCCCUCACAGAAUCAGGGGAUGUAUACGCAUGGGGGACCGGACAACAAGGGGAACUUGGCCGCCGCCUCAUCCAACGGCACCAGGUCGAGUCUCUAAUACCAAGGAUGGUCUACUUGCCGACGAGAGGAAUCGUCAAGGCAUUUGCAGGAUUCAACCACAACUUUGCAAUAGACAAGGAAGGGCAGGUCUGGACGUGGGGCCUCAACAACUUCGGACAGACUGGCGCUGCGGCCAGCGAGGAUAUUCUGCACCUUGGCACACCAGCCGUUGUUGAAGGGUUGAAGGGCUAUAAAAUUCGUCACAUCGCUGGCGGGUUUCACCAUAGUGUAGCUUGCACGGAGGAUGGCCAGGUUCUCGCCUGGGGGAGGUGUGAUCAGAGCCAGGUUGGCGUGGAUGUGUCUGUGCUGCCAAAAGAGCACUUUUUAGUUGAUAGUCAUGGGAAGAGGAGGAUCCUCUUACAGCCCACCAUUAUACCCGGAAUAACGGCUACGUUUGUCGCGGCCGGCAUCGACAACUCCUUCGCAAUCACGGAAGAAGGCAAAGUCCUAACAUGGGGAUAUUCCGAGAAUAGUCGCACGGGGCUGGGAACCAACGCGACUGUUGAGCGGCCAACAGAGCUGAAUGGAGGAGUAGUUUCCGGGAAAUCCUUCACCUUUGCUGCUUGUGGCGGACAAUUUUCACUGAUUGCUAGUCCACGAGAGUCAUAG